GUUCUUAGACCACCGUGACUGUCAACGAAAUAUGCCAAUCACAGGCAGCCUAAGCCAUAUCCCUGGAAACUGAGUAAAAAAAUUAGGUGGAAGGCAGAAAGGAAAUGAACGUAGAAACCUCCAGUGCACAAAGAAAGAUCCGUAUACACAAGCACGAGCAAGGAAACAGCAGGGUAUCUUUUACUACACGGAGGACGCGGAGCACCACAAACAGGAACUUUAAAGGGAUUGAAAUCUGUUGCCUGUUCCACUAGGAAUAUUGUUUGCAAGGCACAAGGUGUCUUUUGGUAGUGAGCACCCUCUGCGCAUGCGCAGGUCCAUUCGGGAAUUACUGCCCGGCCGCCGACUAAGUUGCAUUCCUUGAAUCUUCGCAGAAAAGACAAUUCUUUAAUCAGAGUUAGUAAUGUGGACAGUACAAAACCGAGAGAGUUUGGGGCUUCUCUCUUUCCCUGUGAUGAUUGCCAUGGUCUGUUGUGCACACAGCGCCAAUGAGCCCAGCAACAUGUCAUACGUGAAAGAGACAGUGGAUAGAUUGCUCAAAGGUUAUGACAUUCGCUUGCGGCCGGACUUUGGAGGGCCCCCCGUGGACGUCGGGAUGAGGAUCGAUGUCGCCAGCAUAGACAUGGUCUCCGAAGUGAACAUGGAUUAUACACUCACCAUGUAUUUCCAGCAGUCUUGGAAAGACAAAAGGCUUUCUUAUUCUGGAAUCCCACUAAACCUCACGCUAGACAACAGGGUAGCUGACCAACUCUGGGUACCAGACACCUACUUUCUGAAUGACAAGAAAUCAUUUGUGCAUGGGGUUACAGUGAAAAAUCGAAUGAUCCGACUGCAUCCUGAUGGAACAGUUCUCUACGGACUCCGGAUCACAACCACAGCUGCGUGUAUGAUGGAUCUACGAAGAUACCCUCUGGAUGAACAAAACUGCACCCUGGAGAUUGAAAGUUAUGGCUACACCACGGAUGACAUUGAGUUUUACUGGAAUGGAGGAGAAGGAGCAGUAACAGGAGUGAAUAAAAUUGAGCUUCCUCAGUUUUCAAUUGUUGACUAUAAGAUGGUGUCCAAGAAGGUGGAGUUCACAACAGGGGCAUAUCCACGACUGUCACUAAGUUUUCGUCUAAAGAGAAACAUUGGUUACUUCAUUUUGCAAACCUACAUGCCUUCCACACUGAUUACAAUUCUGUCCUGGGUGUCGUUUUGGAUCAACUAUGAUGCCUCUGCAGCCAGAGUCGCACUAGGAAUCACCACAGUGCUGACAAUGACAACCAUCAGCACUCACCUCAGGGAGACCCUGCCAAAGAUCCCCUAUGUCAAAGCAAUUGAUAUUUACCUGAUGGGUUGCUUUGUGUUCGUGUUCCUGGCUUUGCUGGAAUAUGCCUUUGUAAAUUACAUCUUCUUUGGAAAAGGCCCUCAGAAAAAAGGAGCUGGCAAACAAGACCAGAGCGCUAAUGAGAAGAACAAACUGGAGAUGAAUAAAGUCCAGGUGGACGCCCACGGCAACAUUCUCCUCAGCACCCUGGAGAUCAGGAACGAGACUAGCGGCUCGGAAGUGCUCACGGGCGGGAGCGACCCCAAGGCCACCAUGUACUCGUACGACAGCGCCAGCAUCCAGUACCGCAAGCCGCUGAGCAGCCGCGAGGCGUACGGGCGCGCGCUGGACCGGCACGGCGCCCACAGCAAGGGGCGCCUCCGCAGGCGCGCCUCGCAGCUCAAAGUCAAAAUCCCCGACUUGACUGAUGUGAAUUCCAUAGACAAGUGGUCCCGAAUGUUCUUCCCCAUCACCUUUUCUCUUUUUAACGUCGUUUAUUGGCUUUACUAUGUACACUAAGUUCAGUCCCCAUGGUUCCUUAAACGACUACCUUCCUCUUCUCUUAGUUUUUAAUCCCACAGGUCCCCAGCAGCGGUACUGCUGUGCUUUUUGAGGUAAGAGAUUCAGUCAUCCAAUUGGUUUUAGGUCUUGCAUAUCAAUUUUAUUACUGCACCAUGUUUACUUCAAAAAAAAAAAAAAAAACUCUAUUUUUUUUUCCAGUCUACUGUGGUCCAGGUUACUGGCUCUUUCAGAGCUCUGUUAAUUGCCAUGUUUACAAACAAAUACACACAACGAGAGAAAUUAGAUAGGCAGAUCUUUAGCAGUUCUAGCCGCCCUGGAUUUGACUGAUUAUUUUUUAAGUAAAACUGAAAAGAGGACCCAGCUCUCUGUGUGCAUGGCUUCCUGGUCAACUGUAACAAUCUCAUGCUGCCAAAAAACAACACAAUUUCCAGGAUCUCAGAAGACAAAACAAAGCCAUUGAUAAGUUACAGAUUUCCAGGAAGAAGGGAGAACAAAAAGGAGCCUAGAAGAGGAAGGAAGACUCCCCUCCACCCUCAAGCUGCCCCAGGUCCACUGUAGGAGGGGGUCCCAGCUCCACGGAGGAAGAGGGGGAGACUGGCAAGCGCUGCCCCAGGUUGUGCAAACCCAAUCUGCCAUCUUCACCUCACCUUUAAGCUGGAUAUUCUGAAAAAUGCUUCUUUCUCAGACUUCCAGGCAGAUUUAAAUUAACAUUAGAAUCCAACCUGGUAGCCACUGGGAACAUUUUUCUUUUCUUGUUAAGUAUAAGGAGUUUGGGGGGCAGUGACCAUUUUUAAGCUCUUUCAAAUGAGCAGCCCUGAACUUACUUCCUCAGCCUGGAAUCACUUGACGCUGUGUCAUGAAGCCAUGGCAUCACAUUGCCCUCGUUCCUCCUUUAGAGAGAUUGAGAGAAAGGCGCUGGUGGUGGUGGGCGGGGGGGAGGUGUGCUUUGAAGAAGAGGGCGGUAAGAAAUUUUUGCUUGAGAAAAAUAUUGCCCUUUCCAUGAGGAAGGCAAGAUUUAUGUGCUGUGAAAAGGGUGCCUGGGCAGUUACCUGAACUGCCAAAUCUUUAAUCAAAUAGUAUAUAUUUCUUAGCCUUCCAGAGAGCAGUAUCUAAUGGUGACAAGGUAGCUGCACAGUGCUAGUUCCUCAGCUAGCAUGUUAUGCCUCUGCUCUCUGAGCUCUGCAUUCCAACACAGGAAAUGAAUGCUUCAGGAAAUGCACAUAUACCCAUUUUGGUAUCAUGCUCCUUCAACGCCAGAUUUCUACUUUAAAGAAAACCUUCAAAACAGCAAAACCACAGAAUAACAACAUCACUGAGCCUUCAAACAUUUACAACAGCUCUGAAAGUACAGCCCUUGUCUACAGUCGUUACUGCUUCUGCCUUAUCUCUGCUCAUGGAUUACUUUGCUCAUCAUACAAGGAGCAUCCCUCAAGAGCCCAGCACACAAUUCUAACCAUAUCCAACCAACUAGAGUUGAGAUUCAUCUCAUUUUAUGUCACUAAAGCCUCGUUAUUUUUGUGUAUGUGUUCAGCCUGAGCAUAUAAGAAUUCUAUGUGUUCAUUUUCAAGACUGAGUGAAACCCAAAGUUGGCCAAACAGUCAUGAAGGCGAGUUGGGACCUCAUCUAUGGAUGUGAUAUGAGUUGAGGUAAUAAUAGGGAUGAUUGCCUCUGUUUGACGAUCUGGCUUUCUCCCUAAGGUUGUGAUGAGGGCCCAUGUUUACAACAGCAUCAGCUGCUAGAGAUUAUAAACUUAAUUGAAAAGAGGAAGCUGAAUUUCUACAGAUAAACCCAAGGAGAGUUAUGAGGUGUUCUUUUAGAAAGCAAGAGGAAAAGAGAACCCCCAAAUAAAUACAUGGUUAUGCUAUAGCUAAUGUAUGUUAGUAAGAAUAUAAAAACCCUGCUUUAACUGGAAAAAUUAUCUCAGUGGUUUUAUGAGAAAUGAAUCGGGCAUGGGAACCAAAUUUCAUUUAAGUUUUCAGUUGUAUAAUCACAGUUCCCUGGUCAAGAAAAUCUCCAGCCUCUGGGGAUGAAGCAAUCCAUUUCGAAACUCUGUUUAGUUAGUUCUUUGGCAGGGUGAGAUGCUUUUCCAUCGUGAAAUGCCCAAAUAGACUAGAACGUGGCCAUGCCAGUGAUAGUAAGGUCAAUAUUCCCAGUGACUACCCAGGAACCACUGGGUAGCCGUCUAUUUUGAACACAGGAAGUGAGGCUUUUGGCUGAUACCUAACAAGAAUUAAUAAGUCAAAACUCUUUUAAAAGUUUUUAAGGAUGAAAUGCUAAAUCAGAAACAAAGUCUCUGUUGAUCUGUGUUCCAUAACAAAACAAGUUCUCUUUACCUGUUUAGAUCAUUCUUCUUGGAGAAGAUUGAGCAUAGUUUUUUUAUUAUUAUCUUGCCUUAAUAGUCUAAAGGAUUUGAUGCUUGUAGUUUUAGAUGUAAAGCAUCUCUGAGAGAAAAAGAACGUUUUGAAUUCUUAUCUUUUAUCCUUUGUAAAAUGUAAAACUUAGUAAGCCUGAAUCUACCAUCAGGCACGAAAUGGUGUCACUGUAGGCCCUCCUGGAUGUAGACAGUCACAGCUAGCACUACACAAAUUGUGUUACAUAGCUCUGGUUUUAGAGGCAAUGGCAGCCAGAAAAAUGGAAAAGCUGCCAUAUUUCUAAUUAAUAACCUCUGGCCUCGCUUCCUUCUUCCGGACACCUCCUAGCCAAAUCCUCCCCAAUCUCGUUCCAGGCUGAACAGUACACAGAAAAAAAUCCUUCCUUCUCUGCCUCUCUACCUUGUCUUGCCCAAAUUGAUGACAUAAAACAUAAAAAUUGCUAGACAUUCUUAAGUGCCCUCAACCUGGUCCCCAUUCCUGAAAGAUUCAGAUCGCUACAUUUUAGAGGGGUUACUGUUUAACCAUUUGGGGGUUGUUUUCUUUUAGCCAUAAUCUCCUGUAUUAACAAAGUGGCAGCAGAGGCUGAAAACUGCACGGACGCACUCUCUUAUGCCACAGUCAUGUCCAGGGGACCCCAUGUUCAUAGUUCAUAAACUGUGAAAUAGACUGAGUCUUAGACUUAACCUGUAUAGACCCAGCAGAAAUCCCGUCAUUUAUUUGCCAAUGAUGACUUCACACUCAUUCCAACCAGUCAUGUUUCUUGACUUAAGAUAUCAGGGGUGACAUGUGCAUUACACUCACCAGCUUUGUGAGGCCAAGACCCAGGUAAAGACAUAUUUUUGGCUUGAAUUAUCCAGGAUUGUUGCCCCCAUCCUCUCCAUUGCCAAAUAGAAACAGCAGACUCGUUGGUAGUUCUGCGGACUAAAGUGUUUUCACAUAUACCGUCUUUACUGUCCGUUACAAUCAGUGAAGGAUCUUGAAAAUGCAAAGAGAAAAUGUGGUGCAGAGAAUAAAGUUUGCUUUAUGGAUCCAAGGAUAGGCUUUCCUUAAAAAGCAUUACGUACAAUACACAGAGAUGUUGACCAAAUUCCAUCUUUCUAAAAUCAAUGACUGCUUUAUAAAUAUUCACUUCAGAAAGAGCUCAGUCGAAAUUUGCCAAGUGAAACAAACAAACAAACAAAAGAUCUAUUUAUAAUGUUAGAAGGAAAAGCUCUCCAAGAUUUCUUAUAUGGACAAUCUUUAAUAGUAUUUUACAAAGGGUGAUGUGCCACAGUUGUUUUUUUUUUGCCCCUAAACAAAUAUAAUCAAAUAUUUAUCCCAGGAGGGAGGGUAAAGGAAUGUGCAAGCAUUUGUUCAUGUUGGUUCAUCAGCAGUUACUGGGAUGAGGAGGACAGAAAAACGAACAAAAAUAUCUGUUGCUUGAAAGCAAACAGUCAACACAGAGGUCAAGUUGUUAAUGGAAUGUAGAAUAUUAUGUAAACUUCCUUGUAAAUUCUGUACAUAGUUCAUGGAACUGUUCCCUGUGGCGUGGUGGUCCUCAGCUUUUGGGUGGAUGUUUGAAAAAUACGAGCACUGUAAAUAAUGUAAGCUUACAAGGCACUCGCUUUUAUUCAUGAAGUGAAAUGACUAGUGAUUUGGGUCCAACCAGAAUCUUUUUAGCUCUUGCUCUUUCUCUGACAUUGUGUGUGUACAGUUGUGUAAUUCUGCCAGGUGUCUGUGAUCACUGCCUCAUGCCUCAACCCCACUGAAAGGGACUGGAGCUACCAAGAAGUCUGCACACCCCUGGGGCUCAGGAACAGCACACCAGCAGAGACAGGAAUCUUAACGAGCUGCUCCUGGAACCAUGCCAUGAAAAGUUUGAUGCGUUUUUAUCAGUCACUUGUGGCUACUCAUUUCAGAUACCAAAUUAUCCAUGCUGUUGAGGGGGUCAAGAAUAGAAGACGUGAUCAAAAUCCACAGGGAAUCCAAAGCUUCAUUUGCACCAAUAGCUUUAGCUUGUACCUUCUUUCCUUCCACAAGUGUUCCCAGAACUUCUAAUACUUUCUAAUAGAAAUGGAUGGAUGGUUGAUCAGGGUAAACAGUCGAAUGCGCAAAUGAUGGGAAGGAGAAAAGGAGGAGAUAGCCAAUGACACUGAUAACACCAACUGGCUGAUUCGUGCCUGAAAGAUCCAGAGGUGACCAUGUCACUCUUUUUGAAGGGUAAAAAGAAGUACUGGUAUAAAUGGACUGGGUAUUGACAAGUAUUUUUCAACUGGGGGCCUGAGAUAUGUUUGGUAUGUGCUAGUUAAACUUAAAAGAGAAUCUGGCAAUUAAAUAUUCUCAAAUAUAUUUCUCCCAAGUCCUGGUAUUCUUGAAAAAGUCUUCGGAAUGGUGGGAUAUUAUGCCAUAAGAUGUGUUUCCAUGCAGACUGGCAGUCCCAGAGAGGGUGACGGUAUCCACAGAAAUUCAGAAAUUCUAAGCAAGUAGGGAAAUAGAUUGGUUUCUUAGCAACAUUUGAGAGUGAUCAAUGUCUUUCUUGCAGGUAAGAACUUAGCAAGGCAAGGCUUUUAUUGCCAGCAUUUUAAGUGCCAGGAAGAGUGCAGGGAGCCAUCACUGUAAGACAUUUUGGCUCCAAAAUGUGCCAAGUAGGGUCCACAAUCAAUUGAAUAAGAAAAAAAGCCCUGUUGGAACUAAUCAAGUCAAUUUCUAGGUCCAGAAUACAUUGUGCUUUUGCUUAAAUCCUGCUUUUUCCAGAUAACUGAAAUCAACUAAGCUGACAGAAAACUCCACUGUUAGAGGCUGCAACUUCACAAACAUUUGAAAGGAAAUCCUUUUCAAUAGAAGAACUUCAAACCAGAAAAUACUAAGUUCCUGGAAGGAUAAGCAUAGUUUUGAGUUUGUUUUUAUUUCUCCAAACCAAGAAUUUCCUUAUUCGAACUGAAGAGAUCUAACAGUUGUUUGUUUUGUUUCGGUUUUCCUAUUUCAAGAAGUCCUUGGUACAUCAAGGGACUGGCAACCAUUCCUGAUUGGCCCCUAGAUACCCUGUCCACCCUGGAACAAUCAGCACUCAUCACCAAGGCUUCAGUAGGAAUUCGGUGUGGGAAAAGAAGGUAUCUUUCUGAACCAGUUGGCAAAGAAACCAUUCUCAUACCUGCAUUUUCUCUCCUGAAGACAAUAGAAAAAUAAAUCAAUAAAAAUUGUUUCAUAAAAGAGAGGCCAAGUAACAUUAUGCAUUUGCCUAAAGUACACAGGGUCACAGAUUCACUAACUUAAAACAGCCCCAGUUAGAAGCCAAAGGAUAAAUAAGAGCAAUCAGUAUUGCUGUCUGGCUCCUACUUCUCCCUGGGUUUCCUUUUGAAGAAAAACAGGGAAGGGGGAACAUUUUCCAAUAUAAUUUUUUAUAGGUGAAAACUAUUCAAAUACGAUAUGUUUAUGCAUUUUGCAAGUUUGGCAACGUGAAACAGAUUACCUCUUUUGUGUUCAUUCCUUCCUGGCACCAUACAUCAUCCUGACUCAUGCCUUAACCCAAUGAAAUCAAUCCCUUUCUUUUUCCUUUCUCAUUUCUAAACCUCAUAAGCUGUCUUGCCCAUGGAUAGCAGAAAGCUUAAGCUUCUUUGGACUUAUACUACAUAUCUUCAAUUGAAUCUACAAAAACAGUGAAUUUUAAUAAUUUCCCCAAAUUCCUACUCCUAUUGCCUUUAACAGAACGUUAGAGGUAGCUACUGUAUAAUCACAGUAGCCUCUUCUGAACUGCCUUGGGUUAUUUUUCUUUUCUGCUUUUCUGUCCCUUGUAUACAGAAUACACGUUUACCUAAACCUUCUCCCUCCCAGUCUAAUUCAAAAUGAAAUGGAAAUAAAAAUCAUAAGCUCAAACCUAAGAAAACUACAUUAUCUACACCAAAGUUUGAGGAUAAGACCAUCUCCUUACAUUAUAGUUGUAAUGUGGUGAAUUCACACUGUAUCAAUUCUUUUUCAUCAAACUCGUUUGUGUACUUCUUCAGUCUUAAUUGUAUGCCAUUUAAAAAUCUAUUAUUAUUCCUCCCAGAAUGGCUAAUCAUUUACACAGCACACCAUUAGUUACAGACUGUCCUCUAGGAACUUGACCUAAUUCAUCCUUUCUAUAUCUGAUUCCUAUUACAGAUUUCCACUUCUAUGCAUUACCCUACCCACUCCUCUUCAACCUUCUAGCAGACAUUAAAUAUAGUUAGUAACUGGACAGGUCAUAAGGCAAACUGUCUAAACUGCCCCUAUAAAAUAUGUGGAACAUCUUUUUCCUCCAGACAACAUUUCUAUAUUUAGAGAACAGAAAGUUCUCUAAACAUAUACCAAGCAAUGUGCAGCUUAACCUUAAAAAGUUAACUAUAAAUGAGCUGCAUGGUGGGGAGAAGGAAAUUAUAGUGAACAGCAGACACCUUGGAAUUAGGAUUUUGUGACCUGGGCUUUAUGCUGUCACUAUCACAGCCUAGUUGUGUGACUACAGACAUUCCACCAGAUGACCUCCAAGUUCCCUUGCAGUACUAAAUUUCAAAGGGAAUUUUAAAGAGAUUCAUUUGUGUAGGAGAUUACCAGAAAGAUACAGGAGUCUCAUGGCCUCUGUUAACACAGCCCCACAAAUUUAGUUAUAUUCCUUGUUGCAUGUCUUUGGGAGUAAGCCAUCUGGUGUAAAGUGAACUGAAUUCAAAACUUGUUCACAGUCCUCUAAAAAUAUAUAGAGAACAUAGAGUUAAAUUUUCAGGCAAGUGGCAAAAAAAAAAAAUUUAUGAUUUUAGUAAUCGUCCACACUACAAUAUUUCCCUCUAAAAGCACUGGAGAGUCUCAUAUAACAUAAUCAUCGUGAUCUCUGUUUUCAGAUAUCUGAAAGAUCCCUUAGUCCAUUCUCUCUAACUCAGUCAGGAAUGGCCAUGGAAAGGAAAAAUGAGUGGAAAAGCCAACUUCUAAGCAGCAUCUGAGCAGAAACGCUAUUGCAGUGCCUUUCCAUAUUCCUUCCCAUCCUAGACGCCAUCACUGUCCUGUGUCCUGUAAGAGGAAUAGCAGGUAUGAUUGAGCUCUCAGGUAAGAGGCAGCCACCCAUCUAUUGGAAAAGAUUCCAGGUCUGUUAUCUACUCUCUCUGCCCCCACUUCUCCCACCUCCUCCUAUCCCCCACUUAAAUCAUUAAAUCUGUCAAAUGUUUUAGGCACAGCUAUGGCAAAACUGAAAGUUUACUUAUUAAAUUGCAAUCAGCAUUUCUAGCUAUUCACAUUUUUAAAGAUGCAUCCUAGUGUCUGAACAAGAUCCCUAAUGAGAUUCCUGCACACAGAUGUUCAUAACUUUUUUUUCCUUUUUUAAAAGAUACCUUCCAUCUCUAAACUUUCAUGAUUCUCCUGAGAACCCCUGACCAUUCAAAACUGUUAGGAGAGUGCCUGGAAAUUCCUUCCUUCCACCAUAGGCCAUUCUAUGGAUGAGAUGGUCUCUUUUUUGUAGAGUUAUCCUAAUAUUCUGCCCCUCGACCUCACACACCCCACAAAACCUUCCUAUGUACAGAUGUAUUCAUUACUCCUCUUAAAAGUAGUGAGCUAAUAGUUUUCUAUUACUGGUUUCCCACACUUUUUUCCUAGUGAUGGUUUCAUAUUUAAUUUCAUUUUUUUCAAAACAGAGGAAGCAUUCCUAAGUCUUCAAAUUUUCACCAAGUUGAGAUUAGUACUUACUAAUAUGUAUAUCAAUUAGGAUUCAUUUAAGUGCAAGUAACAAAAGAUACAACUAAAAGUAACUUUAACAAUCAAAAUGUUAUCUCAUAUAACAGUUAGAAGUAGCGCAGUUACUGGGUUAAUUAUUUCAAUAGCACAGUGAUGUCAUUCAGGACUCAGGCCCCUUCCCUAACCAGUUCUUAACUCUGUAUGUUAUCAGCAGCCAUUAUGGUUGCAAAGUGGCUACACUUACGCACUCAUAUCAAGUGGAAGAAAUAAGGGAAAGCCCUGCCUUGGAUUUGUUUUUAAGAGCAAGGACAUCCUUCCCAAAAAACUCCCUCAACAGUCUUCUCUGUUGUCCCAUUGGCCAGGGUUGGAUAACACAUCCAUUCCCGAACCAGCCUCUGAUAAGAGGAAUGGAAUUAUCAUGAUUGGCUUACAACACUAACCCCAAGCUGCCCAGUGUCUGGGAAAAAAGGAGGUGGGGUGGGGAAUAUGUUAACAAAAAGAGGGAAGGGGGCUUCCCUGGUGGCUCGCGGUGGUUGGCGGUCCACCUGCUGAUGCAGGGGACACGGAUUCGUGCCCCAGUCCGGGAAGAUCCCACAUGCCGCAGAGCGGCUGGGCCUGUGAGCCAUGGCCGCUGAGCCUGCACGUAACGGGAGAGGCCACAACAGUGAGAGGCCCGCGUACAACCAAAAAAAAAAAAAAAAAAGAGGGAAGAAUGGCUUUUGGG